GUUGGCGACGCGGCUGUCACUUUUUCCCCUGUUUUUACAGUUAUUUCAAAACUUGAAUAUUUAAACUCAUUAAACAAUAAUCGAGACCAUCGAUAGUGUGUGUCAUUGCCCAUGAAAAGUUCCCGGAGUUGAGUCAACCUAACCUAAAAAAUGCCGCCAAAAAGUGUCCAAUUUUUGAUAGAUGAGUGUUUAAAAGGCAAAUUCGACUCAGUCUUCGACAUUAUCACCACUGAAAAGUUCAAAAUCGAAACCUCAAGUGCAAUAAAAAUCAUCACUGCGAUUUGUCACUCAUGUGAAAAAAAUGUCUCAACACCUGAAAAACUCAAUGAAUUGGCUUUGGAGCGUCUCCUGAAACUUUUACUGAAAUUUAUUGAACUAACCUCGGAUGCCAACUACGAAUCUUACAUAAAAAGUGUCUACUACAUCCUGAAAUUGCUCAUUGAGAAGAAAAACUGGGACUCAAUUGUACGUCUGGAACAGCUUUUUGUGCCCCCAUUCAAGCCCUUGAUACUCACCGAAAAACACAUCGCAGUUUACAAAAACAUCAGUUCAAAUAUAUACAAUGUGAUCGUGAAAAUCGUCCAAAACAAGGACAAAAGACACAUGGGGGCCCUCAACGACUUGUGUCACCUCCUCACGCGCAUUUGCAACAAGAUUAACAACAAAAUGAAACUUUUGGAGACAAUCCAUAACUGUCUCAUAGCCCACACAAUCCUCAAAAGUGGCCCCCAGGACCUCCUCAACUACUACGAAUUCGCCCUCACACAAAUCACCAACUGCGACACGAGUUUCUACCCCCAAAUCCUCAAAAAUUUCACUCUAAUUUACACAAAUUUACUCAAAAGUGAAUCUAAUGGCUCGGCUAGUGCCUCGUACACUCUCACCCAAACCAAACUCAAGACACUGUACCCCACACCAGAAUUUGAUUUGUUGGGCGAAAUCAUGCAAGUUGUGGAGUGGGGCCCCCUUGAGGGGCCCCAAAUGAGUCUCACGAUGUACCAAAUGACCCACAAUGCAGCCCCCUUCUUGACCGCACUCUGUGAACUCAUUUCGAGUGUUGCCUCAACGCGGUUACAGUUGUUUAAGGCCGAUUUUAAGCUGUGGCAAGGCGGAGCCGAGCUCCAACAACAAUACUAUAAUUUUAUGGGGGCGAUAGCGCAAAUUUUACUCAAGUAUGACAUUGAGGGGGCUUUGCGUGUCUUUAAUACAGUCGGGGGGUUGGGGCGACUCGCAAUUGUCAAUUCGCAACAAUCGAAAAGCUACAAAUUGGACGUUUUGAAAUAUUUGGACUUGUUUGUCGAAAAUUUGGACGUGUUUAAAUCACAGAGUGAUAAGUGGGGGGAGUUUUGGUACGACUUGGGAGUCCAUUUGUACACUAUUGGAGUCCAUUUGAACAAGAAAAACGAUGAAAUGUUCGAAAUUUAUUUGCGAAAGUUCGUCCAAACUUUCUACAAGUUCGAAGGCCUUAAUUCGUCCAUAAUUAAUAAGACCUAUCCUAUAGCGGCACUACAACUCAUUUCCGAAAACUAUUUAAAGUGUCAAAACUACGAAAAAAGCCUCCUUUUUACCUCCCUAAGUAUCAUUUUCGGUGGUGAUCGAAAAUCCGAAAUUCAGCGUUGGAUUUUGACAAAAGUCGAGGCGAAAGAGCACAAAGCCGAGUCAAAAAUCCAACAAUUGACACUAAUCUCAGUACUUCGCAAAAACGAAAACGAAAUUCGCUCAUUUUUACCGAAAUUCGACAAAAUCGAACUACUCGAAUUCGAACUUCGAAGUUAUUCCGAACGUUGGAAGAGUAAAAUUUCCAUGUGUUCGGUUUUGGACGAAUUGAGUCAUUUAACCGAACCGGUGCGAAUCGGUAAGGUUAUAACCGAAAUUUGGGCUGGGGGUGAUUUACCCGUUCAUGAAACUUUUCCGAAAAUUUUGUGUCACGUGAUCGAACGGUUCGAAAAAGUUCGGAAAUGUUCGGUUUUGGCACAUUUGUACUACCUAAAACACAAAUAUAAGGUUAAAGAGUCGGUUUUAAAGCAUUGCGAGGAGAUGGCGAGUACGUUAAAUUCGGUUAAUGAGGCUAAACCAGGUUACGAACCGAAUGAUGAGUGCGAUUUGGUUUCGUCCUAUGAAAGUUUGAAAUUGAGUCGAUAUUUGGUUUUGAUCAAAGAUUUAGAAAAAUCGCUUGAUUUGUGCCGAAAACAAUUUUCGAACACUCGCGAACAAUUUUCGAACAGUCGCGAACAAUUUUCGAACACUUGCGAACAAUUUUCGAACAGUCGCGAACAAUUUUCGAACAUUUGCGAACAAUUUUCGAACACUUGCGAACAAUUUUCGAACAGUUGCGAACACUUUUAUAGACUUUUGGUGAACAUCGGGCAUGAAUAUAGCCUUCACGGUGAUAAAUUGAGGGCUUUGGAGGCGUGGCAAAUGGCCUAUGAUGUGGCCCAAAAGCCCGUCGAAAAGCUCGAAUCGAUCGGAUUUAUAAUCGAAUUUUGCGACCCGUCGCAACCGCACAUUCGAAAGUUAAUCGAUGAGGGCGAAGCCCAAAUCGAGUGCGUCAAAACCCAAAAACAAUAUAACGAAUUAAUCACUUAUUUGUUGUGCAAAUGUGAGGCUUUUUUCGAUUCGAACUUCGAAAUUUCCUACACGGCAUUUAAUCGAAUUUCGAAUUUGCGAAAAAGUCACAAUUUGAGUGACAUCCUCACAGCGAAAUACUAUAUGAUCGAACAUAAGUUUUUGACCUUGCCAUGUGACUAUGGUGUUCAAGGUCACGAAGAAUUCUCAUUGGUUCGCAUCCAUCAAGCAAGCUAUAAAGCCACGGCCUACUUCAAUCAAUCGCGUUGUACAUCAUUCGAGAUGCGAAUUUUUUUCGAAAUUUUCGAAAAUUUGGCUCGAAUGUAUACAGAUUUGAGGUUACCGCUUCAAGUUCGAAGUUUGGUUAAAUCACCGGUUAUUAUCGCCCAAAAAAUGCUACUUCCGUUUCGCACCGCCGCCAUUUUGUAUUACCUCGCCUACGCUGAUAUACUCACUUCGAGGUUCGAUGAUGCUCGGGUGAAAAUUCGGGACUUUUCGGACAUUCUCGGUGUUCGCAAAAGUGAACUUGAUUUAAAUAAGAGAAUAGAUGAGUUGUGUGAGGAGUUGGUACUACUGGAAGUGCCCUCAAGGGAGGCCCAAUCGACGGAAACAGGAUCGCCAACUUUUCAAACCGAGAGUUUCAAACCGGUUUUUUUGCAACACGAGACGAUGUGCGAGUGUUACAACUGUAUGUCUUUUGAGUAUCGCGAAUAUGUCCUCAAAUUGGGUUUUUUGAGCGGUUUUUUGAGUCUUUGUGAGGAGAAAAUGACCCCAGCGAAGGAUUUCUUCACUAAUGUGGUGACAACCUACAAAUUUACCAAAAACAAUCAUUCGAGUUUUAUCGAAAAGUGGUCGAAAAAAAUUUCGACCGAUCUAGUACCUCCUCUAACCUCACUCCUAGAGACUUACUGUUUGGUUUUAUUAAGUUGGUCAAACUGUGCACUUAAAUUUGGAAGAGUUUCAAGUGCCGAAAAGAUGAAUAAGACAGUUUUAAAAAAUUUGGAACCUUUAACAUCGAAAUUUCCCCAUUUAUAUUACGAGGCUUUAGCCCAAAAACUAGACAUUUUUAAAUUCGACAAUUUCGAAGAAUCGCACUUGCAAGUCGAAGAAAGUGAAGAUCUUGGUGUGAAAACCCCCGAAAAUCGCGUUUCGAAAGUGGUGAUUUCGCCGAAUUUGGUGCCGAAAACGGUCGAAAAGUUUCGAAUUAAGCCGAAAUCGCUGAAAUUCGACGAAGAUGAAGAUAAGGAGGAAGAAAAAGCGAAGAAAGGCCCAGUUUUGGCUGAAGAUGAAGAGUCGAAUUUCAAAACUCCCGCCGCUUCGAGUUCGAAAGUGAAGAAAGGGUCGGUUUUAACCGAAAAACAAGUCGAAAAUGAGGUUUUGGCCAGUCGGACGAAGCUUUUAACCGAUCGGUUGCGCAAUUCUAGUCGAAAAAAAGUGAAGAAAGAAGCAAAAGAAGUGCGAACGAAUCUGUUUCAGGAUACUGAAAAUACUGAAAAGUGUCUGAGACGGACCAGGAGUAGGAAAUAAGUUUUGUAUUUUUGUAUUUUUGUGCAAAUUAAAGUAUUUUUAAAGUA